AUGGCCAUUUGGCCCUCCUUUGCUAUGUAUGUUCCAGGCGCUGUGGGCCCCCUGGGGUCCCUUUUUAAUGUAUUCCUUUGCUCCAUAGUCCUGUUGGCCUCAGAAUGGACCAGCGCUGAAACGCCCACUUCCGACGGGCAGAAACAGCCUAUGGGGACAGUAUUAAAUGGGCAGAACGCUGUGUGCAACGCAGAGUUAUUCUCACCUGAAGGUCCCCUGUUCGCUUCUGACCUAGUAGCCUCCGGUGCCGAGGCCUUGCAGAAGGCGGCAGUGGACUCGCAACCCGUGCAUCACCCUGCGUUUUCCGUGCGCUCCUCCCGAUAUGUGGCAGAGCAGCAUAUGCAGGUUGCGGAGUAUGUUCACGUGAGUGGCUUAACAGUCCUCAGCAUAGAGACCAUCGCUUCGGAGCGGGAGCAAACCUUCAGUAUUUGCGUGAGAACCCCCGUGACUGACUCCUACGGGACACCCCACGUUUUAGAACACAGUGUGUUACAGGGAUCUUCCCGCUUCCCUGUGCACUCUGUUUUUUCAAAGCUGCUGCGGAGAGGUCUGAGCACAUACUUGAAUGCAAGCACAUGGCCGGACCGCACGUGCUAUGAGCUGGCUUCCCUCAAUAACAAAGAUUUCUACAACCUUGCUUCAGUGUACAUUGACGCUGUUUUUGCUCCGUUGGUCGUACAAGAUCCCCUUAUUCUUGCACAGGAGGGAUGGCGCUAUGAACUGGUACCAGAGGGUAAAGGCGACAGCAUAUCCCAGACAGCAACGGAAUCCAAUGAGGAAGGAGCAGAAAAGAGUCAGGGGAUUGACUGCGUGCAGACACCGGAGCUCUGUACGCUUCAAUAUAAGGGAGUAGUGCUGAGUGAGAUGAAGGGGUCUGCAGGUGUCCCUGAUAAUGAUGAGUGGCUGCACCGCGUGAAAGCUUUGUUCCCAGACAUGCCAACCCAUUCAGAGAAUUUCGGAGGAGAGCCACUUGCUAUUCCAAACUUGACAUUUGAACAUCUGAAGCA